AUGUCGAGGAAAGAAAUUCUAUUAAUCUUCUAUCUCCUUCCGCAGCGCAAGAAAACAACGAUAGACAUCCUCGAUCGACUCGAAACUGAUAUAAAAAGGAUUGAAAGAGAUGGCCAAUAUAAGGAGCAGACCCACAAAAGGGUUAUUGGGUACAUUAUGGCGUAUUCCGUCGGUUUAUAUGUCCUGUUCGCUAUUUUAUACUAUUACAUGUAUGUCGGGAAGAGCCAGCAUUGGAUGUAUUCUCUGCUCUACGCGUCACCGCUUCUCGUUUUGCCUGUAUUAGUAAUAUUCCUUAGAUCAGCAAUAUCGUGGUACUACAAUUGGUCGCUAAAUAAAAACAGGAUCAAACUAUCGAAGAUGAGAGAAGAGAAAAAGAAGAUCUUGGAAGAAGUUAUGAAUACUGAGACAUACAAAGUUGCGAAAGAGAUCUUAGACAAAUACGGUAGUCCAGAGGAGCAAUCGAAAGCGCUGAAACCUUUCGUACCGUCGACUAAUGUGCCCGGUAAUACCCCUAGCACGCCGGUCCCAGCGACUCCAGGUCAACUGCGACAACGUCAGAUGGCGAUGCAGACGUCAACUCCUAUCAACAACAACAGGAUGCUGGUACCGGUCGUCAACUCACCUAACUCCGUGUACAAGGGGCCUAGGCUUCGGUCGGAUCAGCUUCCACGUCCCCUGCCAGAAAGGAACCGCUCUGCUCUAGACAAAGUGGUGGACUUCUUGCUAAAGGACGGACCGAACCAUCGCAUGGCUCUCAUCUGUUCAGAGUGCUCGUCUCAUAAUGGUAUGGCGAUGGCCGAAGAGUUUGAGUACGUAUCCUAUGUAUGCGCAUACUGCGGCCGCCUCAACCCGGCUCGCAAGCAGAGGCCGGCCGCGCCGCUACUAGCCGCCAGACCACUGCCUGCACUGCCCAAUACUUCGAUACAUGGAAGCGGCGAUGACUCGUCUCUCGCGAGCUCUGCAAGCGACAGUGAUGAUGACAAACAUGGUGAUACUGUUAUGAAACAUGGUUCGGAAGGCGACUCGGAUCGGCCCCCUUCGUCGGAAGGGUCCCCGAAGCCGGAACAAGACAAGAAAGAAGACUGAGCAACGUCAAUUUGCAACAUUUAUUAUACAAAAAUUGCAGUCUAUCCGAGGUAACAUUAGUAGGGUGUGAUUGACAGGGGAAUAUAUGUGUUGUGUUUUAAAGAUAGAGUUUAUUUUUGAUUGAAAUUGCUAAGGUUGUUGUUGCGUUUUGUGGGAUAGAAAUUUCAUAUUAUAUCAUACAGAUACAUUUUGAUUUUCAUUCGUAUAACUCGGGCUCUUGUUAGUCCUUUCCGUGGUACAGAAAAAUACACCUUAUGUGAUACAGUUAAAAGUUUAAUUUUCAUUAUAUUUGCAAGUGUUCUUGUUACCUUGUUUUUGGGUAAGGAAAAGUAUUUUAACAGCCGGGUAAAUUAAGACAAUUUUUUAAAUUAGUGUUGGGUAUCGGGCGUAGUGAACCGAAAACUUAUCGCGUUUGGCGCUCUGAUUGGCCGGCUCAAGUGAACCAACCAAUCAGAACGCUUAACUCGCUCGAUACUGUUACGAUACGAAUGCGAUAGUUAUUCGUGCUUGGCCCUCUGUAGGAUUAUUUUUGGCGGUGUUUUAAUAUCAAAUUGGUUUUAAUCUUAAACUUGUGUUUUUGUAGGUUUUCAAAGUUAAACACUGAGUGAAUUCAAAUAGGAAAAUCAAUAAAAUACUUAAGUUAAUUGUACUCAAUUUUAAACUCUAAUACUAUCAACUUAAAACACUUGACAACCCUGUCAAACACACCGUAAAAUUAUCAUCUAUGUAUAUGGCGGAAUAGACAAACAGAAUUAUCUACAAUAUUUAAUUAUUAUUAUUACCUAAUUUAUUUCGCUUAUUUAUUAUUUAACAUUAACAUUGUAGUCUCGAAAGAAAGUCUUAUGUCUUGAGUAAUAUUUAAUAUGAGAUCAGAAUGUCAGAACGUCAGAAUGUCAGACGUAAUCGGUCUAACGGCGAAAUUAAUAACCGAUUUCUGAAUUAAUCUAAGAUUUAAAAGACAAGGGCCGGUAACGCACUUGUAACGCCUCUGGUGUUCCAGGUGUCCAUGGGCGAUGCGGAUUGCUUACCAUCAGGUGAUCCGUCAGAUCGUUUACCUUGCUAUCCGGUAAAAUAAUCCGAUUUUGUAUUCAAAUCGAUAAUUAAUUUCGGUCGUAAAAGUGACACGUAAUUGUCUGACAUUAUACGGUUAGCACAAAAAGUUGAGAAAGAGAAUUUCAGAAUUCUGAUUUGUAUUGUCGAUUCAAAUUAAGUCGUGUUUGGAAUUACGCACGGUCUCGGAAGUGGUGACCGAUGAGCCAAUGGUCUGAACUUCGAUUCCUAGAUUGCGCAAAACAAUAUUGAGGAUUUGUCGGUUUUCCUAAAAAUCCUCAGCUUAAAUCCUGGAAUUAUCACUAAUAUCUGGUAAAAGGCUUACGCCCUAUUACAAGGAACUCAUAAAUGUAAAUGCAGUUCUCUGCCUACCCCUUUUGGGAGAAAGACAUGCAAAUCAGAUUUCUGUCUCUCUUAAGAAAGAAAAGCGUUGCAAAGGUACUACUAGCGUUAGCAUGAACGUAGCGUAAAUGUUGCGUGAAUGUAGCGUAAAUAUAGCGUAAACAUUAUGUGAACGUAUCGUAAACGUUGCGUGAUCGUAGCGUAAACGUUGCGUAGACGGAGCGUGAACGUAGCGUAAACGUUGCGUGGACGUAGCGUAAACGUUGCGUAAUCGAAGCGUUAACGCAGCGACGGAAUUUGUUUUCUCACACAAGUAGACACGUAUUCUAGUAUAAUUUUGAUUAAAAUGUUCGUUCGUGUUUGUGGUUGGUGUCUCGAAAAUUGCUGAACUGGUUUCAAUUUUACUAUUUUUAUUAUGGCAUGAAGCAACAGCCGUAUUGGCGUAUCAUAAAUUAAACCCUAUGCUACCUCUAAUAUCAAUAAGGCAUUCAUUUAAAGGUUGUCAAAAUUUAUCUAGAAUGCGAUGUCUAUUAUAAUUUCUUUAAAACCUUGAUUUGACGUCAGACAAUAAAAUUUGUUGAAAUAUUGUCAUUUUUUGGUGUUGUGCAUAAAUCUCUUAGGUUAAAAGUAAUGAAUGGAUUGAAUUUAUUAUUCAUUGUUGUUAGAUUCGAUACCCAGUGAAGUGCCCAGUAAACUAAUAUUGGGUUUUUCGGUUUCUCAAUUCUAAUAGGCUCGAAACUAGUAGGGUCUUUCUCAGUAUAUUUACGUGAGCAACCCGUCAUUUUUAGUUAAGUCUGAAAUGUCUGUAUUAGGUGACAUGAAGCUAACUUUCUGUUAAAUUUGAGCUAUCAUAACAACCGAAUUGUUUGUCUAUCAACCUUCCGUCUUGUUCUUCCAAUUUUUAUCAAUUUAUAAUCAUUACUACCUUUUUCCGUUGGUGUUUUUUCUCUAUCUCGUUCUCGUCCCUAUUGAAAAGGGACGCUACUGACUCAAAAAGCAGGCAGACAGCGGCCUCACAGAAAACCGACGUGAAGUAACGCUUGCGUUGUGUUUCGUCGUGUGAGUGAGGUUACCGGAGGC